AUGUCCAUCCGAGCUCAGCUGAGGUCCUCGUCUCCAGCGACGACUCCACCAAUGUCAGAUAAUCCAUCUUUCUCCCGUCAGUCGGACCUGUCUUCCUCGCUGACCGACGAGCCUUCCUUUCAGAUUAUGCAACGAAAAGAUCAGCACCGAUGGAGGAGCCUCAGGAUAGAAGUUCCAGGUAUGAAACCGAAACAAGAGUCCCCCACAUUGCAAAGUCCCGCAUCUGCAUUCUCUCCAACUCAAUUGGCAGAUUCCAUAGAGAUUUCCUCAUCUCCAACUUAUGAUACACGCAAUAUCACUCAGCUACCGACACCGGUGAUAAACAGCGGCCUGUUUACUCAACCCAAGAUAAACUUACUCAAGAGAUCUCAUGUUCACGGCUCUAUAUCAAGUGGUAACCACAGAGCUGUGUCGGAAUUUCAGCCGGGGACGUUUAUCAAGCGUGCUGAGACCCCUAACCCUACUUCAACUAGCAUUCGCCAUGUAUCUAAUCCUUCACUGAUCGAUGAAGAUGUGAAAUUAGUUCCACUGCCUCCCUCUGAUUCAGAAGACUUUAAGCUCAUUGGUCAGAUCCAGCAAGCCCCUCAUCUUCAGAAAUCAUAUGUUUUUGAUGAAGUCGUGGGGAGUGGCACAUUCAGCACGGUAGUACGUGCUCAUUCCACAACAAAUCUUGAUGACGUAGUUGCGGUGAAGAUCGUGAAUGUGCCUACGGAAUCAAAAGAGGAGGUUUCGAACUUCCGUCUGUACAUUUGCAGAGAACUUGGACUACUAACACAUUUGAAACAUCCAUGCAUUGUGGGUCUUCUAGACUACUCCGUUAACUUCUCAAUCACACAGGAUGAGAUUGACGAGGCUCUCACAGGAAACCCACCUUCUGUGCCACCUGGUGCCGAAAUGUAUGACUAUUAUAAUAUUAAGAUGUUCAACCAGCAAUUUUUUUUCUUGCAGUAUAGCCCAGGAGGGAAUUUGUUUCAGUGGCUCUAUGAGCACUACAGUACAGCUAGCCGCAGAAUUGUCUUCUGGAAGCUUAUGAGGCGGAUAGUUGCUGAGUUGAUAGCAUGCCUUGCAUUCAUACACUCACAUGAUGUCGUUCAUCGUGAUCUCAAAUUAGAGAACGUGCUCCUCAAUUUUAAAACUGAGGAUGUCUCCACAUCAUUUGAGCCGUCAGCGAUUGAUUCGCCUCUAUGUACCUUGACAGACUUCGGCCUCUCAAAGAAGUUGACCCUGCCAAACCAGCUUUUAACGACCAAAUGUGGCUCACAGGAUUAUGUGAGUCCCGAGCUCCUCAUGGGUUUACAGUACGACGGUAAGCUAUUGGAUUCAUGGUCCCUAGGGGUGCUCAUAUAUGCGGUAUUGGAAGACAGGCUUCCGUUCGAUGUGCCCCCGCUAGAGUUCAUGUCAAGCUCAUCUAUCUCACCGUCUGUUUUGAAGAGGCGUCGCAAAAAGCACAAUCCAGCCCACAGAAUAGCCAUGAUUGACUGGGAAUGGUUACGCGUUUCCGCAACUUUGAAAGACGACACUAACUCAGAAGCCAUGAAAGCAAUCAUCAGACAACUUACCUCUGUAGUGGAGGUAUUGCUUGUUCGCAAGGACAAGAGGCUAUCGGUCACAAGGGUGCUUCAUGAUGAGAGGUUCCAAUGGAUCAAAGAGCAGUUGCCUUCUACCUUUCUUGAGCAUGUAAUCUAG